AUGGCUAGUCUUCACCUGCCCCCAUCUGCGGGGACCGCUUCAUCCGACUCGACCUCCUCGAACUCCCGAUACACGCCGGUCUCGAACUCCGAUGAAGAUACCCCGAUGUCAAGGCUGGGGAAGUCACCUGCUGGACAGCUGAAGCUGCAGACCGAUUUUGGUGAUUCUGUGGGGGUGGGCGGGCCUGUUGAGGAAGGGGAUGAGGAGCAUGGCUAUGAGUCGGGCGAGGAGCUCGAACCGAAGACUCGGACAGCCGCGGCGCCGAAAUAUACACUGGAAGAGGAGAGGGAGGUUGUUAGGAGCUUCGAUAGGAGAUUAGUGCCGUUUCUGGCGCUUCUCUACCUCCUGUCCUUCCUGGACCGGUCGAAUAUUGGAAACGCCAGGAUUGCUGGAAUGGAGGAAGAUCUCCAGUUAUCGUCUUCGCAAUACGAAUGGCUGCUCACCGCAUUCUACAUCACAUACAUCCUCUUUGAGUGGAUGACACUUAUGUACCGACUCGUUCCACCACACAUCUACAUCUCCCUCUGCGUGUUCGGCUGGGGCUUGGUAGCUUCGUUCCAAUGUCUAGCUACCUCGUUCGAGGGUCUCGUCAUUCUACGCGCUUUGCUCGGAAUCACAGAAGCGGCCUUCGGACCAGGCGUUCCUUUUUACCUGUCCCUUUUCUAUAGGCGUCAGGAGCUAGCCUUCCGGAACGGACUGUUCAUUUCCGCAGCGCCGCUGGCAACAUCUUUUGCGAGCAGCCUUGCAUGGCUGAUUGUCAAGUGCAGCAACAAUGGCCCGAUCUCUCCAUGGCGCAUCCUCUUCCUGGUGGAGGGGUUCCCGAGUGUCAUCGUGGCCGUGUUCGCCUGGGUGGUUAUCCCGGACUCCCCUGGCCGUGCCAGAUUCCUUUCCCGUCGACAGAGGGUCGUGGCUAGGGUGCGGCUCGGGGAGAGCAAGUUGGAUUACCAAAACUCACCAGAAAAGCCGUUCAAUUGGCGAGAAAUCGUCAAGACGGCUUCCGAUCCCAAGGCAUAUAUGGCUGCUUUCAUGUUUUUCAGCUGCAACGUCGCAUUCAGCUCCAUGCCAGUAUUCCUCCCCACCAUCAUCAAAGACAUGGGCUACUCAACCCUCUACUCCCAAGCCCUCUCCGCCCCACCGUACCUAUUCGCCUUCAUCGUAGUCCUUGCCACAUCCUACGCCUCCGACCGCACACGCACCCGAAGCCCCUACCUCAUAACACACGCCUUAAUCUCCUCCCUCGCCUAUUUUAUGAUCGCAGCUACAGGCUACUUCCACACACACCUAAGCCCGGGAAGUCACACCUUCAUCCGGUACAUCUGCGUCUACCCAGCCACAGCAGGCUUCUUCUCCGCCAUCACGCUGAUUAUUACCUGGUCGAUGGAUAACCGAGUCGAGAAAGAGGGAAAGGGCGCUAGUAUUGCGAUUCUGAAUAUUAUAGGACAGUGUGGGCCGUUGCUUGGGACUAGGCUUUACCCGAAGUCCGAUGGGCCUUGGUAUAUUAGGGGUAUGGCGGUUUGUUCCUUUUUCAUGGUUGUCGUUGCUGUUUUGGCCCUUGCUUUGAGGGUGCUUUUGCAGAGGGCGAACCGUGCGAGGGACCUAUCUGCUGUGAAUAGGACAGGACCGGGCGAGGAGAGGGAUGAGCUUAUGGGCGGUGGGAGGAGGGAUGAUUUGGAGGAUCAUACUGGUGACCAGAGGCUUGUUUAUAUCAUUUGA